AUGUCCAAAGCACAUCCCGAAAUCAAGAACACCCACGCCUCGCCUCCUUCCUGCCACGACAUCGCACCCCUUGCCGUACUCCCCGAGGAGCUGCCGAACCGCGUCUACAGCUUCUUAUGUGUUAAUACCCGUCGUGCUCAGACUCUCAUUGUCGCUCGCCUUCCAAAGUCGCACCAUCACCGAUUCAUCCCCGAUCUCUACGAACGCCUCCAAGUAACAGAGGAAAUCCUCGAUAGAGGUUUCUUCAAAGGUCUCCUGAACGGGGUUGAUGAUGACGCUGAAGGUGGUUCAAGGUCGACUCGAAGAAGAGCCCUUGCUCUGCAAAGGGAUCUCCUGGGGUACUGUAAAUCUGUAGUCAAUACGUCCUUGUACGCCUGGGCUGCUAUCAAAGACGCCAUCAAACCAGCGACUUCUCCGCCCAUCGGGAGACCCGCCGUCCCCACCUCCACCUUCUCAAUCCCCUCCCCCCUCCCAUCAUCCACCGACCGAGAAGAAGAACCUCACACCGCCUCUCACGGGGCGGGAGAUGCUACCGAGACCAAUGCAUCCACGCCAACUCCGUACGACCCAGGGCACCAGACCCAGCCCGCCGCCGACCAACCGCCGCCCUCCAGGCCCGCCGUCGACCGUGGACAAUCGUCUUCCGCUGCUCCUCCUCCUCUUCUUACAUAUAAGCCACUCUACAGAUGCAACAACCCGAGCGACAAUGCCCACUCCGACUUCAACGUCCCACAAUCGGCCGCUACCUCGGCAUCCCAUCAUCCCUGGUUGACCGACUCCUCAGCAAACAAUCGUCCCCCACUCCCCCUCGAUGAUCCAUCCUCUUCUACUUCCCCGACCUCAAUGCUCCGUGCAGCCCCUACCCCGACCUUGAAGCCACCAGGAAGCAUCAAUCCCAACCAAGUCCCAUGGGGCGGUGGACAGCAAGGGCAAGCGGGCGGUGGGCGAGAACGACCCUUUCUUGGGGGGGCGGCGGAUGAAGAAGUGGAGAGUGUAGAGGAAUCUGGGGACGACAACAACGGAGAAAAUGGGGAGGAGGAAAGACUCCACCGCCAAACCACGUCAGAAGCCUCUUCUGCCUCAACGCCCUCCUCCAAUGCCACGGAUGCUGCGUUCGAACAGAACAGACUGAUGCCACGUUGGGGAUAG